GAGGGAACAAAUCAACGAGCAAGACAAGCAAGAGAGAGCAGCACGAUGGCGAAGAACUUAUUCGCGCGCGGUGGCGGCACCAGCUCCUGGGCCGAUGACGACGACAUGGACAUCCAGCCUCUGCCCGCAGCCCCCAAGAUUGCGUCGACGGAGGCGCCGCAACCCAUCGAAGAGGAGGAAAUCCAACACCACGAGCAGCAGCGCGAUGCGCCUCGUGGGUACAACGACCGCAACGACGACCGUGGUGGUGGCCACGGUGACCGUCGAGGAAGCCACGAAGACCGCCGCAGAGGAUACGAAGAUCGCCGCGGAGGCUACGAAGAGCGUCGUCGUGAUUCCCGCGAGGAACGUCCCAAGAAUCCCGUCCCGGACGUCGGUCCAUGGAAGCUUUUCGUUGGCAACUUGUCGUUCCGUCUGACGGAGGACGAUCUGGCGGACUUUAUUGGCGCGCAGGGUAUCCGAGACAUCCGCUUUCCUCGUGACCACGACAAUCGUCUCAAAGGUAUCGCCUACGUCGAGUUCGAUGAGAGGGAGCAACUGGUACAGGCGCUUGACCUCGAUGGCCAACGAUUGGAUGGUCGUCAUGUCAAGAUGGACGUGGCAUUGGACCGCGAGCGCAAGCCCCGUGACAGUGGCCGCUUCGACAAGCGCAACGAUCGCUCCAAUGACCGUCGUGAAAGGAACGAAACUCCUCGUGAACGUCAACGUCUGACGUUGUUGCCACGCACUUCGUCCGAAAAGAAAGACUCCGAUGCUCACAAGCCAAGCAUCUUCGGAGAGGCCAAGCCCCGUGACGAGAGUGCUUAUCAAGAGCGUAAGAAAGCGCUCGACCUUGAACGUAAGGCCAAGGUUAAGGAGGAGAAAGAGGCCAAGGCGAAGGCUAAGGAGGCUAAGGUCAAGGCUAAGGCGGAGGCAGAAACUAAGGUGCUGGCUCGCAAGAGCAGUCGCGAUGAAGGUCGUGGCGGACGUGGACGUGGACGUGGCGACCGUCGUCCGACUGACGGUGGUCGUGGUCGUGGCAAGGAGAACGCUCCGGCACGGAAGGCGGAUCCCCGUCCGAAGCGUUCGGAACCUCCUACGACGAAGAUCUCGGCUCCGGCGGCAGCAAAGACAGCCAAUGUGUAUGACCUCCUGAACGAUUCGGACUCGGAUUCGGAUUAG